AGCGCAAGAUCAAUAUAGUAAACGCAUAUUGUUUUUGCAGUAAGCAGAAAAAUAACCGCAUUAAAUCAAUUUAAUUUUUCGUGUGGGGGAUAAAACAGUCGUCAGAACGCCUAGUAAAGUGUAUCCGAGCCCUGGCACGGCCCAAAACGUAUGGGCUUUGCCUCAGACCUCCUGUAGUAUGGUAGCGGAUACAGAUAAUCCAAAUAACACGAUCAACUACGAAAGGGAUGCAAAUAGGUAUUCCACGGAGCAAGAGUCGUCGGACGCGUACGAUAAAACGAUUUUCGAUGUAGUUAAGUCGGGGGAAACGCAAGACAUAGAAAAUCUUGUCGAAAAAUUAGGUGUGCAAAUUCUGCGGGCACGAGACGAAUGGGGUUACACGCCGGCUCACUGGGCAGCCCUAGAUGGCAACGUGGAAAUAAUGCGUUACUUCAUAGACCGAGGCGCUCCGGUCGACUUGCCAUGCUUGGGCACGCAAGGGCCAAAACCGAUACACUGGGCGUGCCGAAAAGGACACGCGGCCGUAGUUCAAGUCCUUCUCCAGGCGAAAGUCGCUGUAAAUUCCGCCGACUUCAAAGGACUGACGCCCCUAAUGACAGCGUGCAUGUUUGGAAGAACUGCGACCGCCACGUAUCUGUUGGGAAUGGGCGCCCUGCAUCAUUUAGUUGAUAUCAAUGGCGAUACAGCCUUACACUGGGCCGCUUACAAAGGCCACGCGGAUGUUAUAAAGUUACUGAUGAAUUCUGGCGUAAAUUUACAAAAAUCCGACCAUUUUGGAUCUACUCCUUUGCACUUGGCAUGUCUGUCUGGUAGCGUGCCUUGUGUUAAAAUUCUAUGUGAAAAAAGUAGUAUUGACUUAGAGCCGCUUGACAAGAACGAUAAGACCCCUUUGAUGUUGGCCCAAAGCCAUCGCCAUUGGGACAUAGUGCAGCUAUUACAAGCGGAAAAGAAACGUCGAUCCAGUUGGUUUCCGCCCAUCUCCGACAUUUGGGGGUUGCUAUACGGACGUGCCGGUAAUUCGAAGUGCCCACUGGUAAUUUUCAUGGUCUCCGUAAUUCUCUGGGGUUACCCCAUGUACAUAAUUAGAUGCAUUCCAAUCACAUGGCAUUUACUGCGAGGGUCCCAUUACUGUUUCAUCUACUGGAACUUGGUAAUGUGGAUUUGCUGGAUAGUUGCGAAUCGGCGAGAUCCCGGUUACGUUACCAUGAAUUCUGACUGCUACUACAGGGCAAUUAAUCAAAUUCCGUACUUCGAUAAAUGGAAGAAACGAAACUCAUUUCUCAACAGACUUUGUCACAGUUGUAGAUGUCUGAGACCGCUUCGAGCCAAACAUUGCAGAAUUUGUAACCGAUGCGUUUCCUAUUUCGACCAUCACUGCCCAUUCAUUUACAACUGCGUCGGCCUCAAGAAUCGCCUGUGGUUCUUCCUUUUCGUAAUGAGCGUCGCCAUCAACUGCUCGUACACCAUUUAUUUUGCGACCUACUGCAUCGCAAUUGAAGGCUUUGGAAUUAUGUACAUUCUUGGAUUGCUCGAGGCUUUCGUCUUCUCGGGACUCGGAUGGAUACUAACCUGUACCUCUGUCCUGCACGCCUGCAUGAAUCUCACGACGAAUGAAAUGUUUAAUUACAAAAGAUACCCGUAUUUAAGGGAUAAAAGAGGUCGUUACGCAAAUCCCUUCUCCAGAGGUCCAAUUUUGAAUUUGAUUGAAUUUUUCUUUUGCACGCCAGAUGAUUACGAUGACGAUGAUUUGUUUUAUGAGUAUAUAUGAGGGAAAAAUUAGGCAAUUUCGAGCUUGUAAAUAAUUUUUUAAAUACAUAAAAUGAUAAUUUUUGCAAUAAAAAGCUUUAGAGUUAGUAAAUUUUCACUGCCCUUGCUCUUUUGCAGUGCUGCGUUCCAUGGCCAGAGGUUGAGACGGAUUUUUAAAGGUUUAGGGUUAGGAUCGACAAUUAAGAUUGUUUCCAAUCCCAAAGAUACACAGGCCGCUUGUAGCAUACUUAUUGAUGUGAAGAAUUUCUUUGUACGA